AAGCAGUGAUGCCCACUCUCUGGCCUGCGCUUCCAGCCCAUGUUGAGUGUUGUGUCUGUUCUCUUACAGGUGUCACGUUGUGCAGUUCCCCUGAGCCAUGUGGUGUGACUGGCCUGCAGGAACGGCAGGCCAGCCCCACGCUGCAGAACCUGCUGACCCUCUCACUGUCUGAUGAUCCCCGAUCUCUGACCUAUGGCAGCUCUCUCCCCAGCCCACAUCCCAGCAAGCUGCCCAGCUACUGCCGCUCCCCCCAACUAUACGAGAAACGGACACCGAAUGUGCCGGGCGGGUUACCGGACGAGGAGAUCAGCAAGCAGUUACCAGAUGCCGAAGCUCACAACAAAGCCAAGAAGAUCUGGUUCUCGGAGUCGGCCAACAGUGAAGAAUCCAAGAAACUGUUUCUGGAGGAAGGCAACAAAACACGAGUCUUUUAUGUAAAUGAGAUGGAUUCGUUUUCUAACCUGGAGAAAAACAGCCGUGUUAUUGGAGAGAUUGCCUUCCAGCUGGACCGCCGGAUCCUCGCAAACGUCUUCCCAGGAUUGACCCGUCUCUACGGCUACACUGUUUCCAACAUUCCCUCCAAGAUCAAGCAGAACUCUAUUAAUCCCCUUGAUGGAAGUGUGGAUAAGCAAAAGUGGCGCCAGAUGACUCAGACUUACACUGCAUUGCUGUCCAAGCUGGAGAAGCUGAACUACAACAAUGACAUCCACACUGGCUUCAGUGAGUUUCUCAUCAAUACCUAUGGCAUCCUCAAACAGCGGCCGAAUGCCUACACCAACAUCACCUACAACCCAAUCAUCCUGCGUAAGAUGGUCAUCGACAUGGUACCAGCCAAGUUCCUCCGUGACACCCUAGUGCUGCUCAACUGCCUGUGUGAGCUGUCCCGCAGCGACAAGAAGCCCCUCUUCCCCUGGUGACCAGUGCCUCUAUACAUCCCUGACCUCAACCUGAAUGAUUCACUCACUGAGUCACUCUUACUCAUUCAUUGACUGACUAACUCAAUGACUCAGUCAUAAUUCUAACUC